GAUCCACCCUGUGAUCUGUCACUUUUAUAUACACACAGGGGAGGGGACCGUUUCCAUAGAGAGGGAAUAUCACAGCCCACUUAGGAGCAAUACCGGAGAAGCAGGAGCCCAGACCUCAGAGCAGCCAGAAGUUCACGGGGAUGUGCAUGGGGCCGUCCUCCUGGCCCUGAAGCUGCACCGGCCUCCCUGAGCCUUUCGCUGCGGAGGGAAGUCCACUCUCAGGGAGAGAUGCCGAUGCCGGUCCACUUCCUGCUGCUCCUGCUGCUGCUCCUGGGGGGCCCCAGGACAGGCCUCCCCCAUAAGUUCUACAAGGCCAAGCCCAUCUUCAGCUGCCUCAACGCUGCCCUGUCUGAGGCUGAGAAGAGCCAGGGGGAGGAGGAUACGUCCCUACUGAGCAAGAGGAGCUUCCACCACCCACCCGGCGGAGACGCCUCCUCGGGAGAGGAGGACGAGGGCAAAGAGAAAAGGACUUUCCCCGUCUCUGGGGCCAGGGGUGGAGCCGGAGGCACCCGGUACAAAUACGUGUCCCAAGCACAGCCCAGGGGAAAGCCACGCCAGGACACGGCCAAGAGUCCCCAGCGCACCAAGUUCACCCUGUCCCUCGACGUCCCCACCAACAUCAUGAACCUCCUCUUCAACAUCGCCAAGGCCAAGAACCUGCGCGCCCAGGCGGCCGCCAACGCCCAUCUGAUGGCGCAGAUUGGGAGGAAGAAGUAG